AUGUCGAGUGCAGCUAAGAAGGAAGCAAUCCUUCGGCAAUUCCGCUCCCUCACCAACGCAACUCCGCAGGACGCGCAUCGCAUUCUUAAAGCGCACGGCUAUCGAAUCGAACCAGCCACAGAUGCGUUCUUCAACGACGAGCAGGCCCAAAUCAACGCAUUUGCUUCCUCGAGCACUCUAGACAAGAAGACGGAACGAGAAGUUAAAGAGCGACUCAACGCUCUCUUCGAUCGAUUCAGAGAUGCCGCCGUCGACAGCGACGACGAGGACGAUGAAGGUGGGCCAUCCCAGCCGGAGGAUCCGGAUCUGAUCAGCAUCGGCGGAGCACUCAAGAUGUGCGAGGCGUUGCAAGUGAGUCCGGAAGACGUGGUGUUUCUGCCGCUCAGCUACUAUCUCAAAUCAGAGACGAUGGGGACGUUCACAAGGGAAGGAUACGUGAACGGUUGGAAAAUGUUGGAUCUCUCAGAUACGAUUGAAAAGCAAAGAAAGACGCUGGAGAAACUUCGACAGGAGUUGUUGGAGAACAAGCCGUUGCGACUCGAAAGGAUUGCAGAGGAGAAAUCCAAUCCAGCUACGGCAUCUGGAGCCAACAAGGGGCUGUACGAGAAGGUGUACGAGUACACGUACGGUUUCGCCAGGAGGGAAGGCCAAAAGAGUUUGGCACUCGAGAAUGCCCUCGCCUUUUGGGAUCUGGUGCUCCCCGCAUCACCGACAUUCCAGCGGGAUGGAAGUGCGGGGAACUUCACGCAAGCACAGCUGGAGCUGUGGAAGAGAUUCUUGAGCGAACAGACUGGCGGUAGAGCGGUCAGCAAGGAUACUUGGAUUCAGUUUUUGGAUUUCACAAAGGAGAUCAACGGCGAUUUCAGCAAUCACGACUUUGACGGUAAGUUGCUCGAACAUGGACUGACAGACAUUUCGCUGGGGACGACGCUGACCAAGAUUGCUUUUCUGUGCGUCUGA